UCUUUAAAACUUCUCUAUGUUUUCACAAUGCAAAAUUCUGCUUAUGAUUGUAUGAGAUGGGAGCUUGUUCUAUAGAUUUAUAAUAGAUGCUGUAUUAUCUUUCAAAAGAAUGUGGUCCCGACCCAAUUGAGGAAGUUAUGCCCAAAGUGUAGUUAGCAUAGUGUCCCAGUGGGAAUCAGAAGUUUAACUGGCAAUGGUAUCAUCUCUCCUUGAUAGGGGCAAUAGUAAUGGAUAGAUGAUUGAAAGGAGAAAUAAAGUCAACCAUAUAGGGUACAUUCAAUUUAUUUGGGUGCAUUUUCAGUUAAACUGAUACCUUUUUUUUAAAAUUAUUUUUCCUUUUCUUCAGAUACUGAAUCUGCUAAGGCAUCUAGAAGACAGCUGAAAGAGACAAUCUACUCAGUGCUGUUUGAUAUGAAUGUUCUUGCUGUUUGUGCCAUCAAUCCGGCAUACACAAACAAGCUGUAGAACAAGUUUUCACGUUUGGAAGAAGAGAAUGAAAGGCUCAAGAUGUAGAAGGUUUUGGAUGCUUCCUGGUACAUGCCUGACGAGCAGCAAAAUCCACUUCAAGAAUAUCAGGUUCAAGUCUUCAACAAAUAGAGGGCCUGGUUCUGCAACACUCUACGGCUCCAAGCAGUAUAAUCUCAAUGCUGUGCGACUUACCGAAUCAGCUAUGCUUCUCAGCCCAUUGCAGGGAAACUUCCCAGGGAGGAAUUUGGGCUCAUUGCAAGAAAAGAAAAGGGCCUACAUCACACAUAGUGGACACGUGAUCGUGGCCAGUGAGGUUGGUGUUGUAGACAUCUGCCAGAAGAUGUGGCUAGGAAAGGAAGACAUGAUCGGUCCAUAAGGGGACCUUACUGAAACAGUUCACGUGGAAGGCUAGGAAAGGAAGACAUUUAUAGUUUAAAUAGACCAUUAAUUGUUUUGUUGAUAUUGUGCUAAUUGUUGUCUUGAUGAAUGUUAAAUGGGUGAAAUAUGCACAGGCUCAAUCA